GUAUCGCUUAACAAGUUCUCUUUGAACAAGACUUCGCGAUAACGAUACAUUUUGAAUUCAGACCCAGUUUUGUUUUGCGAAACGAGCAAAAAAAAUUCUGAGCUGAGUUGUUACAAUUCUCGUUUCAGUGAAUAGAUCUUGCCAAUGGAUAUUGUCUAUCAAGUACAAGAGGCAUCAGGAAGUGGUAACGUGACUGGCACGUCAUCAUCGAUGUCAUCGUCGUCUCGGCCCUGCGUUCCGGGCCUCGGCAACCCACGUCCAAACGGCCACUACAUCCACAACGCAUGGAGGUCCUCGAUCUGCGACAACCGGAACUUUGCCACGGCCCAGGAGGUCAGGUCGUGCCUCCAGAGCAAGGACGUCUAUCUCCUGGGUGACUCAACCAUCAGGCAGUGGUGGGACUAUCUGAGAAAGUUUAUUCCCGAUACGAAGAGUUCAGGCAUCCUGACUCGGGGCAAGAACCAGCUGAGGAUGGCACUGAACACCGAUAUGAACACCACGCUGCACUACUACUGCCACGGCUAUCCCGUGCUCACGCAGUACACGUUCACGAAGGACGUCGAGUACGUCUCAAAGCGAAUUGACGCAAUCGGAGGAGGGGACGGAGGAGGAGGAGGAGGUGGAGGAGAAGGAGGGCGCGGAGUGGUCGUCGCAAUCAGCCUUGGCGCGCACUUUGUGCCCUUCCCGCUGGCCAUCUUCCGUCGGAGGCUUCUGAACAUCAGGGCGGCGCUGCAGAGGCUGCAUGCCAGGAUCCCCGAGGCCACAGUGGUGGUGAAGCUGGCCAACACUCGUGAGACGGCCAACAACAUUGAACUGUACAGCAAUUGGAACACGUUUCGCUUCAACGACGUGACACUGGAGGCCUUCGGGGACCUCCGCGUGGCCUUCGUGGAUGCAUGGGAUAUGACGGCGGCGAUCGGCAUGCGGAUGGUUCACCCCACCGGCUGGGUCGUCAAGAAUGAGGUGGACAUGUUUUUGUCCUACGUCUGUUGAGCCUUCGGAUCCAUGACCGGUCCCUCGCCCUGUGUGUAUCAAUCUGUGCAUGCUCGGUGUGUAAACAUCAGCACUGGCGAGACAAAGGCAUGGUGCUGGCCACCCACCUCUUGGUGUGCUAUGCCGACCUUCAUAAGUGCUCGCUAACAGACUGUGAAGGCUAUAUGUUGGAUCUUUGUCGUUGUCUUUGUCGGCUCAGGAUGUGUUCUUCGUAGAUGGAGUACAUUACGAAACAGCGUUAGAGGAGGUCAUUAUAAAUGGUUCCAAUGGAGAUGCGUCACCUUUGUCGUUGUCUUUGUCGGCCUUCAGAAUGCGUUCUUCGUAAUAAUAAUGAUGCUGUACACCUUAUACAUGUAUUAAAUCAUAUUAUGAAUACAAAUAUGACAAUGA